AAUAUAGAACCCCACACUACUAUAUCCUAUAUACCGGUAUACUGUACAUAGACAAAGAGACGUGUUUGAUCACACUGUUAUCAACGAUCGAUACUGUCGGAAUUCUACUAUCUUUCAAAUUGAAAUAAGAAUUUACGAUAGCUAUGAAUUUGAAAGUUAACCAAUAAACCCUCGCUCUCUCUGAUACCGUUUUAUGGUAGUGGAGUUGAUUUAACGGCAUUUUUGGGAUGAUAUUGGAGCGGAUUUCAAUCAUUUAACGAAGGAUCUACAUGAUGUACAAUCGGUGAUAUCAAAGAACUAUCAGAUUCAAACUGGCGAUAAAUUUCCCUGAAAGUGUCACGGAUAGAAAGAUAUCAAAGUGACGUGAUACAACGUUGAAUCGGGAGCAUUCUUCAGAACAGUCAAGCCCAACUAUAUCAGAUAAUGUACGGGUUUGUAAAUCACGCUCUUGAACUCCUUGUUAUCAGACGCUUUGGUAAGGAAAAAUGGGAGGAAGUAAAAAAAGAAGCGAACUUGAUAAUGGAGGGAAAGUUUAUCAUUCGGAACAUAUACAAUGAUGCGGCGACAUACAGUGUUGUUGGGGCAGCAUCGAAAGUACUUGGAUUACCUGCAGCCUUCCUGCUGGAAGAAUUCGGAAAAAUGUUCUUUGAUUUCUGCAAAGAAUCUGGAUACACCAAAAUCUUAAAGGUUUUAGGCGCAAACACGCAAGAGUUUUUGCAGAAUUUGGACGCCCUACACGAUCAUCUUGCAACAAUCUAUCCUGGCAUGCAAGCUCCUUCUUUCCGGUGUUCAAAUGAGAAUGGUGCCUUAAUUCUGCAUUACUAUUCCGAUCGUCCCGGUCUCGAGUCUAUUGUUGUAGGUAUAGUGAAAGCAGUCGCCAAAAAUUUACAUAAUUCUGAGGUUGAUGUCCAAAUCAUCAAAACAAAGGAAGAAUGUGACCACGUACAAUUUGUUAUCAUAGAAAAAGGACCAAAAGCUGUCGUGGAUGAAAAUAAUAAAAAUAAAAAUGUGGAACACAGAAACCUAAAACCUAAGAUCAGUCCAGCUACCUUCUGCAGAGCGUUUCCCUUUCAUAUUCUGUUUGAUAAAAACAUGAUAAUUAAACAAACCGGUUUUUCAUUGGCCAGAGUCAUCCCAGGGGUCACAAAAGGAAACUGUAAAAUAGAUUAUGUGUUCGAGAUGAUUCGUCCGCACAUGACAUUUGAUUUCAAUCACAUAUUGUCUCACAUAAACACUGUGUACGUUCUUCGUACCAAAGAAGACACAUGUAAAACUCAAGCAGACGACAGUACAAGCAAACUUGAUCACCAAGAUACUUCACGCAUGCGCUUGAAAGGUCAAAUGGUAUUUGUUCCGGAAUCUGAAUGUUUGCUGUUCAUGUGCUCUCCGAGUGUGACCAGCCUGGAUGACCUAAGUAGGCGUGGCCUUUUCUUGAGCGACAUACCGCUGCACGACUCCACAAGAGACUUGGUGUUGCUGUCCGAGAAGUUUGACGAAGAAUAUCGUCUGACACAGAAGCUGGAGUUUCUCACAGACAAACUUCAAACUAUGCACCGUGAACUGGAGGCAGAGAAACAGAAAACUGACAAACUGAUGUAUUCUAUUCUGCCGCCGUCAGUGGCGAAUGAGUUACGUCACAACAGAAGCGUCCCUGCCCGAAAGUACGAAAACGUCACCAUCAUGUUUAGUGGUAUUGUCGGCUUUUCAAAAUUCAGCACUAGCAAUUCAGACGUACAUGGAGCCGUCAAAAUUGUAAAAUUGCUGAAUACAGUGUAUACAAAGUUCGAUGACAUCUUAGCGCAACAUACUGAUGUUUUCAAGGUGAAAUAACUGAGGAGACAAUACAUGGCGGUAAGCGGCCUACCGGAAGAGAGUGUAACACAUGCAAAAUCCAUAGCGAGGCUGGCUCUAGAUCUGAUGGAUGUGUCCAAGGAACUGAGAGAUCCGAAUAAUCAUCUGAUUGAAAUCACAAUCGGGAUGCAUUCUGGAAAUGUAGUUACGGGAGUAAUUGGAAAGAGGAUGCCUAGGUAUUGUCUGUUUGGGAACACUGUAAACUUGACCAGUAGGACGGAAACUACAGGUGUUGUCGGUAGGAUUAACGUUUCGCAAUACGCCUAUGCAUACCUGAAAUCUGGUCCAUGUUUCGAUCCCCAGUUUCACUUCACACACAGAGGACACGUCAAGAUGAAAGGCAAAAAGGACCCAAUGGAGUGCUGGUUCCUUUCUAGAAAAUUGAUACCGGCCGAACAAUGAACAGUUUAGUGACAAUCACGUUAACAUCUAUGCUUGAAAUACAUCCUGGUUCUGACAGAUUCUGCUAAUUACGGUUGUACUCUCGAAGUGAUGUCAUCUUACUGUCUUCGUUCCUCACCUGUCCAUACAUAGCCCUGGAAUUAGGAGAUAUUUUACUUUCCGACGCAUACAAAAUUUAAUAGUAAAGACAUCACUGUUUAUCAUCUUCAGAGCUUUGAACGCUUUUAAGUCGGCAUUAGACUGUUAGUGACAAGGUCGUCUGUUGCUACUUGUGAAAUUUCAUGAAAUUUCAAAAGAUUCGGUAUUGAUAUAGUUGUAUUAUGUUUAUCAUUUUAGCUCACCAAAGCACAAAGUGCUCAAGGUGAGCUAUUGCGACCGAUCAUUGUCCGGCGUCCGUCGGCGUCCGUCGUACGUCAUCCGUCGUGCGUCAACAUUUGCCUUGUGAACACUCUAGAGGCCAUAUUUGUGACCCAAUCUCUUUGAAACUUGGUCAGAAUUUUAGUUUUGAUGAUCUCCAGGUCAAGUUCGAAACUGGGUCACAAUGAUCGCGGCAUUUGCGUUGUGAUUUAACACGGUUGUUCAAAUGAGAAGGAAUUGAACCACAAGGGCGUUACCCCGAGUUGUUAAAUAACCAAACAACCCGUGGUAAAUCUGUCGAUAAACAACACGAAUAUCUUCUAAAUUUUUAAUUUAACAUAAUGAUAAAAAUUAUGCUGAGCUUCAUUCAUUUGCGUAGCGGCUGUUUUACGUCAUAAUUGACAUUAUAAUGUUCUCUCAAUGGUUCGAGCGUCUGUCGUUGUUUAUCGCAGAAUAUACAACGCUUUAUUUAUUUCUUUGUUAUUAAAAAAACAUGUUAGAAUACUUAGUAACGUCUAUGUUCACAAGAUUAUUCUGACAUGAAUCGAAAUAAUUAGAAAUAAGACGAAAAGUAAUUCUAUAUUGUUUGUAAAUAGUUUAUUUUGUAUGAUGUAUUUGUAUUAAGUUUAUAUAAACUGCUGUAGAUUUUAAAACAACAAUAAAUGUUAAAGAGCAA